AUGGAGUUCUUAUAUAUUACGGAAAUAAUUGAUAUCAAAUUUCGUGUAAAGGACAGACCUUUUAAGUUCAAACCUGUGUCUUGUUAUUAUUCAGGUAAGACCCAAGAGCUCAACGUGUACGAACUCAACGAAAGAGAUCGAAACAGUCCAGCAGUUCUAAAACUCGGCAAGAAACCAGAGCUCUGUCUCGGCGAUCUCGUACCUUUCACCAACAAACUCUACACCGGUGAUCUCAAAAAGCGCGUGGGAAUCACCGCCGGUCUCUACGUCUUGAUCCAACACGUUCCGGAGAAGAACGGCGACAGGUUCGAAGCCAAUUACAGCUUUUACUUCGGACACUGCGGCCAGUUGUCCGUAGAAGGACAGUACUUGACUUACGAAGAUACGUUCCUCGCCGUCACCGGUGGUACCGGCAUCUUCGAAGGUGCGUACGGACAGGUUAAGCUACGUCAGCUUGUGUAUCGGACGAAACUGUUCUACACUUUUUACCUCAAGGGUCUUGCUGGCGAUUUUCCGGCGGCGUUCACCGAAACUCCGGUUCCUCCGAAGGACGUGAAGCCUGCACCGGAAGCUAAGGUGACGGAGCCAGGCGCAACCAUCAAUAACUUUACGAAGUAGACUUUGUGUUUUUUCCCCGUGUUAGUUGUUUUAAAAACUAUUAUUUUUUUGGUAAAAUUUUUAAAUACUAUUAUUGUUUUGUUUAUAAUCGGAUCUUUGGAUGAGUUGUGUAAUGUGUUGGUGGAAUAUUACGAUGCGACUUCUGUUGUUUUUAAGUCUUCUAGAACUUGGAACGUUAACAAGGAAACAUUUUCUAUUAUAUCCCUACUUUUUUUCAUCCAACUGAACGUAAUUAACUAGAAAACAUAUGAAGCAAACCUAGAAACACAAACUUGGUGGACAAGCAUUUGAUGGAAGAAGCAAAUGAUUACGUUAUAUACAUGACAAUAAUCCAUUUUAUAAAAUCAAAGAACAAACUCUGAAUAUACCCAAAAAAAAAAGAUGUCUGAUGUGAUGUAUUUAUCAUGGAACAACAACAACUUCAAAUUGAAAUAGUCUUCAAAUUCUUUGGGCACCUUCCACUCAAUCUUUCUCUUUUGUACUUGGCUUAGCCAAUGUUGAUGCUGACUACAUUGCUAAGUCUAGGCUAGCUAAGUCUGCUCUCUUGUUCCUCUGUUCUACAGAGUGAUUGUAUAGACCCUUUUAAUUAAGUAGUGAAUUUGAUGUAGCCCAAAAAAAAAAGAACAAUGAGGAAAUGUGGAAGGAAAACUGAUGUGUUUUCAAAUAAAUAAAGCCCAAAUUAAGGCCUAUAUAAAUUGGGUUAUGGGCUUCAUAAUAAACCAUUAAACAUUAUGGUGUUAUUUUAUUUAGUUGCGGUCGCUUAGGGUCUUGACGGUCAAUUUGGCUUUUUGAGACUCCGAAGGGACAACUAUAAUCCAAUGCUUAUAAUACACAUCUCUGGACUAUAUAUAUUUAUUUUUGUAAAAAUUCUCUGGACUAUAUUUGCCAACUAAUUUAUUAAUUAAGCACAUAUUUCAAUCUAAUCAAAAUAGAUAAGCUCAUCAAACACAAAUCUCCAUUUCCAGAGACGACCAUUUUUUCGACACAGCUAGUUGAGCCCUUGAUUUUAGUAUCACAUUUAACUUCAUAUAAAUUUGAAAAUAAGAUGGAUAUAACAACAGCCCAGCAUAUAUAUUUCUGUUUAUCAUAUUAUUAUAUGUCUUGAAUUGGAAAGUAUUGCCUCGCCAUUACACUGGAACGUAACAUUCGCAUAUUUUGUUUACUUGGUAAUAGAUGAAAUUAAAAUUAGCGGUCAAAACACAAGAUAUAGGCACUCUGGACUUCGCAUCACAGAGUCACAGUUUAUCUGGAUAUACACAUAAACACUAAAAUAUUUGUAUUUACAGAUAAGGUUACAACGAAUUCAACAAAGUGUCAAGGUCCUAUUGACAUUUUAAUUUUUAUCUCUUACAAAUAUACUGAGGUUUAUCAUGUACGGCUUUUUCUUCUGCCAUGUUUCGGCCAUCCACGAAGAGACAUUUGGCUUUUCAUUUUGGGAUACUACAAAAAUAUUUUCGACGUUUUAUAUAGACUUUGUAUGGAUGAAAUUAGUUCUUAUAAAAAAAUAGCUCAUGCACGUUACUUGGUGUGGGGGUUGCCGGCUGAUAUAGGAUUUGCAUUUCAAUUUUCUUGCUCAGGUAUUGAAUUUAGAAACGACAUAAUAUUUAUCUAAAAAUCAAACUAAAACUGAUUAGAGUUUGUAUGUGAAAAUAAUAUACGAGAAUAUGUACAUUACAAAAGAUUAGAGUUUAUAUGUGAAAAUAAUAUACGAGAAUAUAUACAUUAUAGUAAUAUAUAUGUUAAAUAACAUUUAUUCGGUUUGGAUCGAACCAAAUAUCACUACUGAAACAUACAUCAAUAUCCGUAUAGAAAAACAUAUUUAUAUCAAAUCAGAUAGUCUAAUACCAUCUGAAAAUUCAUUGGUUCCAAUUAAAAUCCGUUAGUAAAAUAUAUAAAUAAUACUCCAUAUAUAUAUAUAUGAAGUUC